UAAACCCAGUUUUACCCAAUCUCAACCGGCAUUUAAACCGAAUUUCGUAUCGCCAACUCAAGCAUUUAAGUUUGGCAUACCUUUCAAUAAUAAUAAUCCAUUCAAACAAAACUUCACACCUUUCAAUAGGUUUAAUCCAAAUGGACAAAACUUCAGAUAUAAUAUGCCACAGAAUCCUAAUAAUAUGUCCAAUCAACCUAAGUUCACUUUCUCAAACCAGAAUCCACAAAAUUUCAGAUUCCAGCCUAAUCAAAAUCCUAGACCUAUUUAUAGAAUGCCUAGCAAUAAUAACAAUCACUACAGACCUAAUCCAUAUUCGGUUCCAAUGAAUCGAUUCAAUCAAUUCCCACAACAAAAUAACCAAUUUAAAUUCGGAUUAAGCAACCCACCUUUGGCGCAGCGUCCCUCAUACAAGUUGGACACUGAUGUUUCAAUGCGUUCAGCAGCUCCAAUCCAUCAUAACUUAAUAAAUAACCCUGAAACCCCGGAAACACUCUUUUACGAGCCCGAGCCAGAGAGUCCCGAGGACCAGUACUAUUAUUACUACGACGGUCAGUACGAGGACGUACCUCAGUAUGAAUCAGAACAAAUAGUAGAACCGGAAACUCAUAAUGACGAAAAUUUUCAAGUAGAAGCCUCACCGGAUAUAAAUCGGAAGUGAUAAAUCUAAAUUAUUAUGACGGAAUGUUAAGAUUGCCACACGUGUUAAUACCUGAAAUUAAAGCAAAGUUUAUGAUAGAUACGGGAAGUACACGAUCGUUCAUAAGCCCGAAAAAGGCUAACGAGUAUUUCAACGCCUAUAAAUACGAAGAGCCAUUUGAAGUCAUUAGCACGCACGCGCGUAGUAGCCAUAAUGAAGUAAUCCAUAUUCCAUUAUUAAAAUCAUUUGCAACCACAGGAAGUCAUAAAUUUUACGUGUAUAACGUAGACAAUCGUUUCGAUGGCUUGAUAGGUAGCGACUUGUUAAAACAGUUGGGCGCUACCAUAGACAUGGAUAAACAAAUAUUAAAAACUCAUAACGCACAGUUGCGAAUAAUAUAUAGCCCACCAUAUGAAGUAAGUAUAGCACCGCGAUCCGAGUCACGUGUUAAAAUCCCCACCACUGUGUCAGAGGGUGACGCAAUAAUUAAUUAUACUAACUUCGGACAAGGCGUCCGUAUGCCCAGUGCUCUCGUGAGCUGUCAACGAGGUUACGCGUAUACCGUGAUCCAAAAUAGUUCGGAUAACUAUAUAACAAUAACUAUAUCUAAACCAUUCGCAGUAGAACCGUACAGUGUCAGUGAAAUACCAGUUAAUAAUAUCAGUGACGUACCGCAAGGUUAUGAGAUCGACGAAGUGUUACAGCAGAAUCUGGAAAAACUCAGGUGCCUCAUCCUGAUGAUGAUCCUGACAAUCCGCGCCCGGGCCCUUCAACUCGACAAAAUUGAAAAGAAUCCGGGAUUGCUACCAGUGAAGGAAGGUCAAGCAUUGAUAAGUGAAGAAAACUGGACGGUGAUAAAAACCUUAAAUCUGACCAACAUCCAAAGGGAUUUAGAUCAUAACGUAGACAAAUAUAGGGAAUUUAAGGCUCACAUGAGUAACACGGUUAAAAUAGGAAAUGCAUUUGAAUAUAACAACAUUAAAAUGCAAACUGAUAAUAUAAUGCUCAUUACUGUAGAAAAGUUUAAGCAAGUAGUACCUGUAAGUCGUAAAAAGCGCGGCCUAAUAAAUCCAUUGGGAUCAUUCAUUAAAGCUAUCACAGGUAAUCUCGAUAACGAUGACGCUGAGAGAUACGAUACCAUGAUUAAAGAAUUAAAAACAAAUCAAGACGCUAUUGCAAAUAAAGUAACGAUCUUAUCCGAAAUGGCGGGUAUUAUAGCCAAUAAUACCAAUGCUACUCGACACAAUUUCGCCCAAAUCAAUAAAGAGCUAUUAAUAAUUAGAAGACAGAUAAAUCAAAGUAACGUAGAAAAAUUAGAAAACAAGAUCAUUCAAGUAUUUCAUUUAUUUAUUCAUAACUUUCAAACGAUCUUUACGCAUUUGGACGAUAUUGAAACCGCUAUAGCUUUUAGUAGACUUAAGGUGUUACAUCAAUCAAUAAUCGAUAAUAAAGAAUUGUUAAAUGUAUUAAAACAAAUUGAAAUAACUAAUAAGUUAGUAUUCCCAGCAAAAUUAGCGAAUUUAAUUAAAAUUGAACAAACCAUAGAGUUAAAAGCAUAUUUUAAAGAAAGACAGAUAACGUUUAUUAUGAGCAUUCCCUUGGUUACACCAUACAUAUAUAAUUACUAUAGAGUAAUUCCUUUACCCAUCCUUAAUAAAAAUAAUAUCACCACCAUCCUUGCACCUAAAUCUCCUUUUAUCCUGGUACAAGAGGCGAAAACUUGGUCACUCCCCUCACCAUGCCAGGAGAUCGAUGAAAACCUUCAUUUAUGCAGAAAUGUGGAUACUACUACACAAGAACAGGACUUAUGCACUUCAAGCUUAAUGAAAUCGGAAACUAACACUUCCAUGUGCAAACCUAUAGCCGUGGAAAUCAAUAACUUGUACAUCAGAUCCUUUUAUGAAAACUGGUGGAUUGUGUAUUCCAGAAAUCCGGUAACCCUGAAGGAAACCUGUAAGGGGGAAAUCACGAGAAAACAACUUCGUGGCACUUACCUGGUUGGAAUGGACGGAGUAUGCGAUCUCCAAAUACAAAAGGUAACUCUCAGACGACGCCACUCUGGAGCAAGAGGCUUCAAAUACCAUAAAACAGCAAAGAUAAACUUACCUGAAGUAGCACAAGGCCCUGUUAACGCAGAUGAAGUAAAACCUGUAAACCUGGACGACAUCAACUUGGACAACUUGCAGCUUUUGGCGUACGCGCUGAAAUCUCCCGAAAAACAAGUGUUAAGUGAUGCAGUGAUAAAUAUAAAAAGUGUUAGUGUUGGCACGGUAAUUUUAUAUGUUAUAAUUGUGUUAGUUAUAAGUAUAGUUAUAUUUUAUAAAAUAAAGAAAAUGUACCCAAAUUUAUGUAAUCGAAACCCUCCGAUUCCAAUUAAGCAAUCGGAUGAUUUCGAACUUAAGGAGGGAGGAGUUAUGUCCUCCAACAUGCCAUCACGCAUUAUCCAAGUACCUAAAUAGGCAUAUAAGAUAACGAAAUAAGCAUAUUAAGCAUAUUGUAUUACAAUGUAACAAUCUAAACUGCCGAGUCGGGAACAAAGACACAUUAUAAUCGAAAUCAACAUCCGGCAGUUCCCGGUAGACGCCUCACGCCACCGGACCGAUAAUCAGCUCUAUAUAAAGAGCCCGUGAUGAUGGUAUGUGACAUUAUAUUUUAGGCUUCCAACUUCGAAGCACCUUAGGCUAGUUAGGUUAGAACCGUUCAAUCGCUGAACACUUAGUUGUAAUUUCUGUACUUUAUAAUUUCAUUAAAAAUCAUUGAAAGUUUAAA